AUGACCGCGCCUUCAAGUGGCCGGGAAGCUUUCCAGCAGGUUGCUGGGCUGGAGCGCCUGCAUUGGCUGCGCCGCCGGCCCGGCGCCGCUCGACCCCUCUCCUUGGAGUCCGGCCAGCCGGUGCCCGAGACCGGGCAAUGGAAGCUACGCCAUGACGUGGAUCAACUGCGGUACUUGGCCAGGCUUCCGCGCCGGCAGCAGGUGUCGCCCUACGCGCCGCUGGCAGCACCGGAGUUCGCCUCUAGCCUGGCCGAUGCUUCGUUGCAGCUGCUGAACGAGCUCGGGUCGGGUGAAGAACGUGCCAAAGAAGCACUGGAGGGCCCCCUGGCCGCGCCGGGAACCUGGGAGCUGGAGGCCCACAGGGAGGUGGAGCUCAUGCUCAGGGAGCACAAGGAGCUCAUGCUCAAGGUAGUCAAUUCGGCGGCGGACCAGCAUUUGCAGCUUGGGGUGGCGUUUUGCCUUCAGGAGGAAUCCCACAAGGGAUGCAUUUUCCUCCUGGACAUGGACUUGAUCCUUCGACAGAGCAAUCUUGGUGCAAUGCAGAAUGGUGCAAUGCAGAACAUUGGUUGCGCAGGCUCAAGCAGCCUCGGAUGCAUGCAGAACUUUGGAUGCGCUGACUUAAGGACAUGGCUGAAACUCUUGAGCCAUUGGGAGCUGGAGACGACGCUUCCGAAGGCGCGGUGGGGUUUGAAGCUGUAUCAGAGCUUCACGGACAAGACCCCUCCAAGACGUUUGGCGGACUCUAUCCCGGUGGAGAAAAUGCUGACGGAGGAAGGCUAUGGAUUGAUCCUUUCUGCCUUGGUUAACUAUUACAGGCCGCAUUUGGAUAUUCAAGGGCCCUCCUCUGUAGACAGGUUUUUCUACGCGGGCGACCGUCAGAAGGGCGAGAGUUUUACCACUUUUGUGGCGAACAAGGAGCUUGCAUUACAGGAGUUGGAAAUGCAGCUUGGCGAAACCUUGAAUACCAAGGUCACCGGACGUGUGUUGCUGCGGCAGGCGCAUCUGACCGACUUUCAGAGGGAGCUUAUUUCUUUGAAGGUUUAUGGUGACCAAGAUGGUUGGGAUUAUGAGGAGGACGGUCACCCCUACGAUGAGGGUGAUGGCGAGUCAGAAGAGCUUCUGCCCGACGAGGAGCUCGAAGAAGACAUGAUGGUCUUCGAAGACAAGGAGUACGACGAGCUGGAGGCCACAUGGAUUCAGGCAUAUCACACUGCCUACAAGGAUGUUCGCCGUGACCUCCAGGCUCGGCGGAAGGAGCGUGGCUUCGUCAGGCAUCGCAAGGGCUAUGGCAAGUCCAAGCACGACAAAGGCUCCCGCGGCAAGCACGGCAAGCACGGCAAAUACGGCAAAGGCGGAAAGAAGCGAGUGAUGAAGGGAUCUGAUCAGGAACUGCAAUCUCGGACGAGGUGCUACAACUGUGAUGAGCUGGGCCAUUUUGCUCGGGAAUGCCCACUCCUCAAAGGUGGUGACGCCGGUGGCAAAGGAGACCGAGCCAUGGACAAGAAGGUCAGUUUCAUUGUGAGCUCAGGGGCGAAUCAAUCGACUGCCUUCAUGAUGCGCCGAAGGAGGAUCAGCAUCUUCGCUGGCGUGAGGUGUCAGGACUUUCAGGCAUUGGUUGACACCGCAGCGGAGGAUGCUGUUUGCGGCAGUGAGGCUUUUGCGAGAAUGGAGGCCAGUCUGCAAAACUGGAAUCUGAGGCCUCGGGUGGUGAAGUCAGCGAGGCAUUUGCCAUGUGCUGGCAUUGGAGGUGAGGCAGAGAUCUGCAAGGUGGUGGAUGUGCCGACCAAUGUGGCCGGGGUGAAUGGCAUCAUUCGAUUCACCAUCAUCCAAGACUCGGAAGCCUUCCAGACGCCUCCCCUCUUGCCAGUCAGCUAUUUGGAGGCGGUUCGGGCGAUCGUGAAUUUUGACACUGGUCGGUAUCAUCUUCCUGAUGGACGAUCGGACUACAUGGUCAGGUUGCCCACCGGACAUCGUGCCAUCAACAUCUUGAACUUCAAUACCUGUGCAUGGCAGUUGCCGGACAACCUGAGGGACAAGGACAACCGGGUGGAGCGCAUUGCAGUGCUGCCCGGAUGGCGACGACACCUUCCAACACCGGAUGAGUGUCAUUUGGGUGAAGACGUGGACCUACUACCAGAUCGCUACAUCAACGUGGUGUACCGGGAUGGCCAUGUCAUGAGGGUCAAGGACGUGUGGAAUGUGCCGCAAGCUCAACGUGCUCUUCCUCAAGAAUGGCACGGCCAGGUCUACUUUCAGGAGCGGCGACCAAUGCCUGAUGAUCCUUUUCAGGCAGCUAGUGCACACGAGGACUCCUCAAGCAAUGGACAUUCCGUGAAACAGAGCCGGAGUGCUCUCAUGCACAGACGUCGCCCGAAUGUGACCUCGAUGUCGAUGAAAACUACACGGGUGGUGUCGAGGGUGAUGCGUUUUUCGCCAUCGAGGCUCCGAAUGAGGCCCCUACAGUUGAGGCCCCUGUCCGUGAGAUUGAAAUUUGCCUGCCUCGGACACUGCGACAAUCAUGGUGGAAUUGUGCACGUCGCCGUGGCAGCAACAUGCUCAAGUGGACACGGAGUCCCGCAAUUCGUUUCCCCCUUCUUUGGGCACUUCUCCAAAGCCAUGGACUUGCGUCGGAAGAUCGAUCAGAUGGCUUGCCUGGAGAGCGACGGCGAGCAGGAGAAGGUCAAGAAGAUGGGGGUGGCCAAGUGUGUCCAUGUGUGGAGACGCUUGGUGCUGGCUUUGUCAACGAUGCUGGUCACCGCGCGCCAACAGGCGGUGGUGGACUACCUGGCGAAGAGGGCGCAUCACAACGACGAGAACGAGGAACACUCCAAGAACAAGAACCAGCGGUCCCAGGUCAGGAAGCCCAAGGACCCAGACCGCGAGAUUCCUCAGGGCAUCGGAAAGCCACUUCCGAGAUCACAGGCGCAGAAGCACUGGGCCCUGGAGGUGAAGGAAUGUCAACAUCCGGCGGAACAUCUGCGGUGCCGGGCAAAUCGACACGGUUCAUGGUGGACAUGCCUGCUGUGCGGAGCCCGGUGGGAACGGUUGGAGACUCCAGCGAGUGCUUCGUCAUCGAAGGCGCCGGAAGCCCCGCAAGCCAAGAAACUCCUACUCGAGAAGGGCGUGGAGUAUCCUCAGUUUCUACCAGCACCCAGAUCCCGUCCGGAUCAGGGAGACUUGGAGGUCAUAGUCAACCGCAUGGGCAAGCCAGAGGUUUCGACGCACAAGAAGCACGACAACUGCCAGAAGGACAACAGCGACCUGAAGACGGCCGGCCCGAUCAAGGAACACAUGCACGCCGGCAUCCAGGUCAAGAAGGAGAAGGACGACGAGGACAAGAAGGUGAGGCGUCCAUCGGGCCUGCGAACAGCCCGAAGGUCCAAGACGCCAAGCCGGGACAACAAACCGGAACCGGAGCUGUACGAACUCAGCUCUCACAGCAGCGAGUGGGAAGACGAGGCCCAGAAGCUCUAUGCGAAGAUCUCCCGACUGGGAUACGCCCUGACCACGGUCAUGAUUUACCUCUCGAAUACUUCAAGAACCAUGGAGAGCAUCCCAGACUACCUGAUCGGCAACAUGGUGCAGGUCUACGGGUGGCAGUCUAAAGAGGGUCUCUGGGACACGAUCAGCAUCUACCCGGAGCCUAACGAGCACUACCAGCACGUGGACGAAUGGUGCUAUGUUUUUCACCAGCCAGAGCACAUGCACUCAUGGGUGACCGACCAGGACGGCGAGGUGAUCAAACUGGAUCGCAAGGAGCAGCACUAUCUGGCCAACUAUAUCAGUCAGAACACCAAGGUGGAUGUCAUGGAGGUCUACAGCCCUCCUCGACUGGCCAAGAGGGCGAGCAGGUUGGGACUUCGACCUGGCGCUUCGCUAGACUUGGUCACCGGAUGGGACUUCAAUCGUGCGGACCGCAGACAGGCGUCUUUGGACCUCAUCAGACGAUUGAGACCAGCCUUGGUAGUCCUGAGCCCACCAUGUACGGUGUUCAGCCAACUACGAGCCCUCACGAACUACAGAGAUGUUCGGCGAGAAGAAGCAGAAGGACGAGCUCAUGUGGAACAUGCAGUCCGUAUCGCAUGGAUUCAGAUCUCGGGUGGAAGAGGCUUCUUGUUCGAGCAUCCCUUGCGGGCGAAGUCAUGGACCACGACUUCCCUCGAGGAACUGAAGGAGCACCCGGAGGUCAAGGCGGUGACCCUCGACAUGUGCCGUUUUGGACUUCAGACUCCCGACUCCUCGAGAACAAGGAUGAUGCCAGCCAAGAAGCCGACACUCAUCAUCACGAACAUCCCGGAGAUAGCCAGCGCCCUGAAUCGGAGAUGUCAGGGGCAUCAUGAAGAACAUCAACUCUUGGUGGGAGAUCGACGAGCCAACAAUGCAGCAGUGUACCCACAACCUUUCGUGGACGAGAUCCUCAAGGCGCUGAGGAAGCACAUUAGGGCUUCACACUUUCCAGUGGUCGAGCUCAAGGAUCGCUGGGAAGUUCGACGCAACCAGCUCAUUUGCCGACAUGUCCAACCUCGGCAACAGCUUUGCACUCUUGAAGAGUGCGAAGAAUUUGACUUCCCCGUGGAGAAGUUCACUGGGAAACGGACUACGACCAAGACCUACGAGGAUGGAAGCACCAAACAGUCAGUGGAUGACUGGCGCUUUCACACGAGCACUACGACGAGUUCCGCCGCCCAACGGUGGACAGGGACUACGGCUUUCGACCUCAUCAAUGAGGUGAUGCUGCCCGCCGAUUACCAGAACCGGGCAACAUGGAUCUCAGCAGCCGCUGCACACCCCAUACAGGAGUAUGUGACGGCGGAAGGCGCUUUUCAGUCUGAGUGGUGUGCCAUGUAUCCCACUCGGAAGCUUUUCGACAGAGCGGUGCCGAACUACGCUCGCGAGUUCUACCAGAAGAACUCGGACGAGGAGACCAAGAAGGAGACGAUCAACUACAUCCAGAGUUGCGCGAAACAGGAGAUCCUGGCCUGGGUGAAGAAGUAUUUCAAGUGCCCGUUGUGCGAAAGGCGGAAGAAGCCUGGCUCACAACGCCCCGGUCAUUUGGCGAGAGCCAUGGGUUUCAACGAGUGCAUCGGCAUCGACCUCUUCUUCAUCAAGGAUCGGGUCUUCUUGAACGUGGUUUGCCUCGGCACGAGUCUGCAGAUCGUGGAGAUGAUCAACGACAAGACGUCGGAGCAAGUCACUGCGGCCCUGCUGAGAACGUGGUUCGCUCACUAUGGGGCUCCGAGAAUGCUGAUAUGUGAUCAGGGCGGUGAGUUCGUUGGAAGCAAGUUCGCCGACACCCUCACUGACCUGGGCGUCAUCGUUCAUUACACGGACGUGGCAAGUCCUUGGCAAAAUGGGCGUGUGGAACGCUUUGGUGGCUCAUUCAAGAGCACGCUGGAAACGGUGAUUCACGAGCUGACCAUACAGACCGAGGAGGAGCUGCAAAUAGCGGUAGCAUCUACGCAGGUGGCGAGGAAUCGUUACUACGAUCGGUCAGGGUUCAGCCCAUAUCAACGGGUGUUUGGCUACAGCCCUAGACUUCCAGCAGCACUGCUCUCAGACGACUACCUGGACCGCGAGUUGCACCUGGACCAAGAAGACACCAUGGCGAGAUCUCGGGAGAUACGAGAUGCGGCAGCCAAGGCAUGGAUGAGAUCCCAGGACAACAACGCUGUCCGACGAGCAGACAGAGCCAACACGCGCAUGACAGACCUCAAGGACUUCAAGCCCAAUGACACCGUCUACGUGUGGCGGGAGAACAACAACUUUCGAGGUUGGUCUGGACCUGGAGUUGUGGUGGCGAUCAGCGAGAACAACCGUUCGCUGUGGGUGUCUCUUCGAGGAUACCUUCUCAAAGUGUCCAAGGAGCACCUCAGGCAUGCAACAUCAGAGGAGAGCCUCGGCGUGGAGCUGAUCAAGGUUCUCAGUGCCGAGAUGUCGGAGGGCCUGGAGUCUGGGAACAUCAGACACUAUCGCGACCUGGAGGAGGAAGCCACAGCAUUCGCCAGGGAACAAGAUCAGCAAGAAGAAGUUCAGGACAUCGCGGACCUCUUCGGCGGCAACGAUGGUGGAAACGACGAUCAGCAAAGCAACAUGGAGGUCUACGACCAGGAAACGGAGGUGCAGGAUGGCGCGAGGUCAUCGCAAGCCUUCAAGCUGGAAGACUCGGUGUGCCUCUUCAGCAACAAGGACAAGCGCUUCUACUUGACCAAAGCGAAGGAAUCGCCUGGGCAGGUGGAGUUCUCGAAGCUGCAGGGCAACGAGAAACAGGUCUUCCGGCAGGCCAGAGCCAAGGAGUUCAAGUCACUGGUCGACAGCGGUGCCAUCACGGUGCUGUCGGUCGAGGAAAGCAUUGCAUUCACACAGGCCCAUCCUGAACACGUGCUCACGUCCAGGUUCGUGGACAGAUGGAAGCCGACCGAGGACUUCGCAGUUUUGCCCGAGGACUUCAACGCUGCAGAUGCGGGUUCGGGACAAACGACUUCGGUGGCUCCCAAGUCUCGAUGGUGCGUGGUGGGUUGGAAAGACCCGAUGGUGCAUCAGAUCGAACGCUCAGCACCCACCCCGAUGUGCGUUCUUACGCUGGACAACGAGUCGGGCAUCCCUGGGCACCCAACAGAAGGAAUCAUCGUGGUGGAGGUGGAUGACAUUUUGGAGUCCGGCAAUGAGCGUCAUCGCAACAAGCUGAAGUAUGUCCGGGUUGAGCGCAAAUACCUGAAGAAGGACGCAUCAACCACAAGCUUGAAGGAGGACGAGAUCAACCAGUUGCGCGGAGUGGUGGCAGCCAUCAAUUGGAUAGCACGUGAGGGACGUCCUGACGUCUCGGCAGCAGCAAGCAUCCUCUCCGGUUGCUUCGAGAAGCCGCUGAUGCAGCACGUCUUGGAGACAAAUCAGGUGGUGGACCACUUGAAGAACCACCACGUCGUGCUGAAGGUGCACCACAUCCCGGAGGAACAGGUUCGCCACUUGGUGAUCUCGGACGCCUCCUAUGAUCCAACAGGCAAGGUCAAGCCACAGCAUGGAUGGAUUCAGGCGAUUACAACGCCGCAGCUGAACCGUGGAGAGGUGGCCCCGGUAAGCUUGAUGAGCUGGAAAUCGAGGCGACUUCGCCGAAAGGCAGGCAACACGCUUCUUUGCGAAUCCAUAGCGCUUUCAACAGCAUUGGGGGCGAUGGAAAAACAGGUUGCGGUGUGGCGAAGCUUCUGCAAAUCUAAGUAUGACCCUCGGGAGACAGCGGUGGAGGUGUCAGAGGAGGUGCAGAUGGGGCUUCGCGGACCAGGCACGGUCAUAGCAUCGGAAAGCGUGACCUUCACAGAUCCGCUUACUGUUGCUGUGGCAGAUGCCAAAAGCUUGUAUGAUGCUUCAGCUUCGGAACAAGCGCAAGGAGAUGAUGAUCGCUCUGCAUUGGAGAUCGGGAUCAUCCAGGAGAGCAUAGCAAAACUCUCAGGACGGAUGAGAUGGGUCCCGCAUAAUUUCAACCCUGCGGAUGCCCUUACGAAACUCAAGGCUCACAUGGAGCCGAUGAUGAAGUUGCUGAAAAGCAACUGUUUCGUGAUUGAGGAGGAGGCCACAGUGUUGAACCGCGGCAGACAGGGCGAGAAUCGCCUAAAGCAGCGGGUGUAA